AUGCAGAGUGCCAUACAUGUAGAAGUGCUCUGUGACACCUCCUCCGCGGAGUUAGCAAUGGCCCUGAGGCGCUUCUUCGCGUUGUAUAGAGUUCCUUCCUUCAUUUAUAUGGAUAAUCUAUCUUCUCACGUGGCACUGAAACGAUGGUGUUUGACCAAAGAUUCCAGUAACGAUGGGCUACCCCCCCCUCUUCAAAAUCUAGCCAACCUCUACCGCAUUACCUUCCUCUGUAUCACCCCCUUAUCCCCUUGGAAAGGAGGGAUGUAUGAGCGCAUGAUAGGAUUGUUGAAGACAGCUUUGAGGAAGAUGGGAAGUCACAUUACAUCCCUUUCUGUGUUCCACACUUUGAUUGCCGAAGCCACCCUCUUGGUCAACUCGAGGCCACUUACGCCGUUGAACGAGGAACAUGGUGAAGUUAUCACUCCACGACAUUUCCUGUUCCCUUACAGAGGUACACUCGGAGAUAAGGGUACCUACACCCUACCCGAAACAGUCAAGUCCGGCCCAGACAGUCUAAUCCUCGCUUGGAAAGAACUGAACCGUCACAUCACGCUACUAUGGAGAUGCUGGUCAGAAGAAUACCUACAAGCUCUCAGAGAGAGAAAUACGGUCGGUGCUAACUCCAGAGGACAAGUACCCAAAAAAGGGGAAGUUGUACUCUGUACAGAAAUGACCAAAGACCGCCGCAAGUGGCACUUAGGGAUAAUCACAGACUUGCGGAAGGAUAGCGAUGGAGUUAUCAGAAGCGUGGUGGUCCGCCACCCCGAUCGUAAAACUUACGCAAGACCUCCGGAGGCGUUAAUCCCUCUCGAACUACGGCUGGAAGAACAGUGA